AUGAAUCGUGCUGAGGUCGCUGACCUUCGAACUUCCGCCCGGUCAAUCGUAAUUCGGAACGCGCCCGCAUGCCUUCUUCUGAUGAGCAUUAGGACGUAUUUGAAGGAGGCUUAUGAUGUGACCGUUGCAAAACUCCGCUCCUACUCCCCGUCUGACCCGGUGAAACAGUGGGAGAAACCCAUCUCCCUGUCUGCACGCUGCAUACAGACGGAGGCCUACAACCGUCUCCUCGAAAUCCCAGUGGCCGUGGAGCACUGCGCUCUAGACCGCACAUGGCCGGUCACCUCCCUGAGUUUCCACCCUGAGGACGACAGUGUCAUGGAGGCGGGAGGGGAUGACCCGUCCGAAGGGAGCCCAGGACCCUCUGAUCUCCUGCUUCUUCGCAUCUUCCUUCUGCUUCACAGACAAUUCCUUGCUACCGAGGACGAGGGCGACCUUGAUCUGCCCGUUGUGGGUCCGUCCGGUGACCUGCCUUCUGAGGCAACAACCGUACGGAAGGCGGAGUCCCUGUCUUCGUUGUCUUCUUCAAACUCCGCGGACAAGUUGCCUGAAGGUGGGAAGAGCGUUUUUCGCCCUCUUUUAUUUACGGUCUUAGAAAAGCCUUUCUAG